CGCAUCUCACAUCUGGACUUACAUACACAAAUCAUGGCAACCACAAUAGCUCCACCGUCCUCGUUCCGACCCCCAUGGGCCGGCCUUCCCCCGCCCGCACCGUUCCCCCGUCCUCGCGCGGACCCGUGCAAUCCCGUCUUGAGAUGCGGCCGCGGAAACGGCCACAUAUAUCCCAUCCAGACAAACCCAAGUAUAUAUAUACAACGCAUGCAUGCGUUCGCGAGGCGGAGGGCAUCUGGAAGCGACUCUCAUCCGUCCGGCCCGACGCAGCGGAUCCCUCGUCCUGCCAGCCAUGGGGAGCGGGGUGAGAAGGUGACGCGGACAACGGUGAGGAAUCCUAAUCGGACUCCGAGAGCUAUUACUGUGUUAUAAUAGGG